AUGCUUCUACAUUUGGGCCAUCAUGAAUUAAAUCAAACAAUUUCAGAUCUUUUUGCACGUCCUAAGAUGAAAUUAUAUGGCCAAAAUGAAAUCACAUCACAGACCUUUAAUAGAGUGAGAAGAAAAAAAAUUGAACGGUUUGCAUUGUACACGAAAACGAGCAAAAAGUUCACAAGUACAAGUGUACAAGAUUCUUAUUAUUCCAAACGAAAUGUUUGA